UGUGUGUGUGUGUGUGUGUGUGUGUGUGUGUGUGUGUGUGUGUGUGUGUGAGAGAGAGAAAUCCCACAGUAUUUCUUUAAAGAAGGCCUUUUUACAGUUAGUCUUGUAAAUCUGAAGUGACUUGUUUGUGCAGCUUUGACCCUCCUCCUCCCCUCAGUGCUUCUUGACUCUCUUUGCCAAGUUUCUCUCCCACUUUUCUUCCAAGGCAGAGGGCCAACCAGCAAACCGUUAGUCUGCUGACAGGAAAGGCUCAAUACGAGGCUAUAGCUGUAAGAAGUGCAAACCACACAGUACAAAAUAUGGUGUCUCUGCUGGAGUAUCGUAAGAGGAAGCAGGGCGGCGGUCGAGACUCUGAGCUAAUGGGAGGAAGCAGCCGGUCCCGGUCCGGCUCCUACUACAGCAAGGAGACCCAGAAUCCUUCCCAGAGUCCAGCCUCCCCACACCACUCCCUCUCCUCCACAGCUCACACAGCCCCUGUCCCACAGGUAGAAGAGGUCAGUCCUCCAGACCACCACAGGCUUCCCGGGAAACCCAMACGUCAGGAGAGCAACAACCAGUGUCAACAGAUGUCCUGCAGCAGACUGACAGCCCAUCCUUCACCCACCAGGCUUCCACCUACAGCCCCCCAUCAGGACAGAGCUUCUACCCCCGCCUCCCCUCCUACUCCAGUCCUACCCCACCUUUCGUGUCAGACUGCAGGCAGCCGGGGGUCUCUGCACACCAGCAGAGUGCCAGCAGCAGCGUGGAGGGGGGCCACAGCUUCAGCAGCAGCCACUUCAAGACGAGCAGCCUGGGGGGCGCUCCGGCCUCAGGUCCGAGGACCCAAGGGCAGACUAAAGUAGACCUCGGGGCUCAAGUCCCCAAAGUGGGUCUUCAGCAGGUGUCUGACAGCCCGGUCCAGGCGGGGCUGGAGGCCGGCUCUAGACUGCAGUGUACUCCUGGACCAACACAUUACUCUGAGCAAGGGGCGGGGCUUGGUCAGUUCCAGCACACCCCCAUCCAGGGCGCUGGAGUCAGGACACAGUCAGGAAGCUUUUAGGACUUUCUUCUUUGUGUGUGUGUGUGUGUGUGUGUGUGUGUGUGUGUGUGCGUGCGUGUGUGUGUGUGUGUGAGAGAAGCUACACGCUCCUGCAGCUGUGGGUGUUGGUCAGGACACAGAUAUACAGACCUGAUGGGAUCAAGAACUCCUUCAGACAUUUCUGUUUCCUCCAUGUUUUCUUUUGACAUUUUUAUUUCAGGAAACUAGAAAUGACUUUGUGCACACAAAUAAACCCUUACCUUCACGACAGAA